ACAUCGGAAAUCUCUAGGCUCUUCAGUACGUCAUACGAUAAAUAAUCUUAGCACCAUAUUGUCAACAUAAAUUUAUGAUCGAUAAAACGAGGGAAAUGUCACUUAUGUUUGUCAAAGCAAGUUAAAUUGGUUUGUAAAUAAACGUGAAAAUGACAGCAGAUUUGCCAGGCAUUUCUUACAUGGCCUUGUACAUUAUUUCUAUGCACUUAGUCAACAGUAACACGCGGGUCGGAUCAAAUCACUGGAAGCUAAACGUUGAUGAAGGAAAGGUAGUGCAAGCUUCAGAUGAAGUGUCGGACUCACAAAAUCAGGAUGAUUUAAUGAAUAUUCUUACAGAUAAAGUAUAUGAAAAUGGCGAGUGGAAGAUAGAGAAACGAAAGAAGUGCUCUAAAUGUGAACAAAAUAAAAAUGAUGAGAAGAUGAAACAAGACCAGAAGGAGAAAUUAAAAGACCAGCCAAAAGAGAAACAGAAACCUUCAAUAACCUGCGGUAAACCUGUCAAUACAACACAGUACGAUCAUUUACGUGGUAUAGCCAAUCGGAAUGAUCAUAGCCAUAUCCCAGAACCAGAAGUUGCCCUUAUAUUUAAAAAGAAGGGAAGUAGAAAUUCAGAAGUAGAUAUGAAUACUUUGGAGGAAAAGUUAAAGAAAAAUUUAAAAGAGAAACCAAACUCUGUAUCAGUUUACAACCAAAUUGGUAAUUUCUGGAGAAUAAAAGGCAACACACAGGAAUCUAUUGAAUGUUUCAGAAAAGCUUUGUCCAUUUUACCAAACAAUGCAGAAGUUCUCUUAAAUCUAGCAAGAGUUCUGUUUAAUCUACAGUAUUUAGACGAUGCUAUAUUUCUAACUAGACGUUCUCUUGUUAUGCAGCCAACCAAUCAAAACUCAUGGCUUCAACAUUUUACACUAGGCGAAAUAUUGAAAGCCUAUGGACAUAAUCAGGAGGCAGCUUUGCAUUUCAGGCAUGCGAUAGACCUAAAUCCAGGAUUUCAACCUGCUAUUGCUAAUUUACGAGAAAUGGAAGGAACUCCUAGUCCUUCUGUUACACAAUAUACAUUGUUUAUUAUUUUGCUGCUGGUUUUAGGGGUACUAUUUGGGGUAAUUACUUCUAUUGAAGCCAAUUUUGAUGAUUCAUCGGAAGUGAAAACUCAGCGACAUUUUAACAGAGCUAUGGCAAUGAGAUCAAUUAAACUUGGAAUUAAUCCAAAACUAAUUCGUAUGAGAAAAUUAAACUGUUGAUUGUAACUGCAAUAAUCCACCUGUAUCUCCCUACCCACAGUGAUAUUAAAAGAUCAGCGUUA